UUUUCCGAUCUUCCAGAAAAGAAAAGCUUCCCUAUCAACUACUGCGACGACGACCUGUGUCAGACAGGCGCAGCAGGAGGAGUGCGCGUCUAACAAAACAGCAGCAUCUAAUCGCCUGCAGGGCGAAGGCGGCUUCAAGAUGAAACAAGAAGGCUUGUCGUCGAACAGCUACGAUGCUGGUGUUGGCUCUCCCAUCGACGACGACUACCACGACCGCGAUGUUUUCGGCCACGAACAAGGACACGAUAUCAAAUACAAGACUUUGACAUGGCAAAUGGUUGCUGUUCUGAUGGUUGCAGAGAUCGUCUCCAAUGGAAUGCUUUCGCUCCCAUCCUCGUUGGCGACAGUCGGCAUGGUCCCGGGUAUCAUAUUGAUUGUUUUCUUGGGUGUCUUUGCAGCUUAUACAUCGGUCCUGUUGGUCAAUUUCAAGCUUCGCCACCCGGAAGUACACAAUAUGGGCGAUGCGGGAAAGAUUAUGUUUGGACCUAUUGGACGCGAGGUUUUCGCGUUUGGAACUCUGUGCUUCGCGAUUCUGCUGGGCGGAGGACAGAUCCUGUCGGGACAAAUUGCUUUGUCGUUCUUGAGCAACAACGGAGUGUGCAACUUGGGCUUUGCUGGAAUCUUUGCUGUUGCGACACUGGUUUGUGCUCUGCCAAGGACGUACGAUUACUUGAGUGUGAUCUCGGUGGGAAGUGUGCUUUGCAUCGUGGUUGCUGGUUUCUUAGGCAUGGGAGCUGCAGGAGCCAACCCCGUUGAGGGUAGAGUUGUGGUUGCUGGCCGUUCGAGCGAUUUCUUCACUGCGUUCUUUUCCAUCACCAACCCAGUCUUUGCGUACUGCGGUCAUUUCAUGUUCUUCGCUUUAAUGUCCGAAAUGAAGAAGCCGCGGGAUGCCAUCAAAGCCGCGUACACUCUCCAGAGCUUCGCCACAACAUACUACGUGAUCUUCGCCGCCGUCACCUAUGGCUAUAUCGGCAGCGAAGUCCUAUCUCCUUCCUUCUCCUCUCUGCCGACGAAAUGGGGUAAGGCAGCCUAUGGAAUUGCGAUUCCUAACCUUCUUAUUGCCGGAUCGCUCUACGUCCACACCGCCAGCAAGAUCAUCUUCGUUCGGAUCUUCCGCAACUCACGCCACUUGCACAGCAACACGAUUGUGGGAUGGGGAGCUUGGAUUGGACUUUGCACAUUCAUUACCGGCCUCGCUUUCCUGCUUGCUGUUGGCGUACCGAUUUUCAACUACUUGCUCGGUAUUGCUUCGUCUGCUUUCGGUGCCUGGUUCACCUAUGGAAUCGCUGGCAUGUUCUGGCUCCACUACACCUACUACGACGGUAAUGGAGGUGGCUUCCAAGCCUGGAAGAGGAAGCCCACAGGAACGCUAGCGGCAGUCUUGACCAUCCUCGCAGGUGCUUUCAUCUGCAUCGCAGGUCUGUACGUGUCUAUCAAGGCUAUCAUCGAUGCCUAUGCAGACGGUACCAUAGCAGAGGCAUUCAGCUGUUGAGCUGAGUGCCACAAAUUCUUGUCAAGAACAAAAAAGAAAUUCGCAUCUAGGACAACGCCUUCCGCAAAGGCUUCUUCUCUCCUUCAACAGCCAGCAGCAUUGAAGCUGGCAUACUUUUAUAUGUUCUUUCGUUUCUAUAUUGCCCAAGUUUUAUCCGUUUCUUUUAUCUUUCUUCACCUCCCG